GAAAAGAAAAGGGGAAAAUGGGAAGAAAAGCAGAGGCAGCAAUUUGAUAUUGGUAUCUAAGAAUCUGAAAACCAUAUAACAGCGGCGGUGGGGGGUUUUGUCUGUCUCUCCUUCUCUCUCUCUCCAUCUCUCAUUCCAUCUCCAUUCUAAUUACUCAUCUUCCCCUAUCUUAAUUUCUCCAUUUUGGUAUCUAAUAACUCCAUACCAUACAACAGCGGCGGAGAGGGUUUUUGUCUCUCUCUCCUCCUCCUCUCAUUCAAUCUCCAUUCUCUUACUCAGGUUCCCUAUCUUAAUUUUUCAUCGUUUUUUUUUUUCUUGUACUACUUUUUACUGACCAAACUCAUCCUUUUGUAUGCUUUAAUGCUUCUAUCUGAUUUUUUUUCACCGUGAUUCUUCCUCUUUCUCUGAUAAGAAUUAUUGGAUUAUAUUUAUCAAAUUGGGUUUUUUUUGUUCUGCGUUUGGCCUUUUCCCUUGGAUCUCUCAUAUUAAAGUGGAAUAAUUUGAGACGAACAAGGGCUUUUAGGGUUUUCUACGGAUGGAACCCCUUUCAUGCUUUUAAUGGCCAUCUCCGCUAGAUUUGCUCAUCUCUGUAUAUAUUGCUCCUUUAAUGAUUUUUCAGUUCCUUUCUUUUGUUAUUGAAUCCUUUAGAUCGUUCUGAGAAGAGUUUCUCUUGCUUUGCUUUGGCCAUUCUCUCCCUUUUAUGUCUUAUGGGUUUCCUUUGUUUUAUUUUUCUGGGAAUUGAUGUCUGAUCAUUGAAUAUUCCUGGUAUUUGGGCUUUGCUUUUGCCUUCGGAUUAGGUGACUGGCACUAGAAAAUUAUUGUUAAGCAUACAAAAUUUCGGUUUAUUUUGCUGCAAGAGACAUGCAUCUAGGUUUUUGAGGACACAUUUUCUCUUCGACUUUUUCUGACAGUUUGGUGCCUUUUGAGGAUGGAUCCUUUCCUCUUGAUGGUUGAGACUUAAGUGUUCACUUCAUUUGUGACUUGGUUUUGGUUGCUGAAAAUUUGCUCAACGAAUAGUGUAACUAAUGGAAAAAGGGAGCGAAUUUGUUGUGGGGAGUGAAAACAUGCACUUAGAGGAGCCUUGGUUUACUGGAAUGGAUACUGAGGAAACUGAAAUGGGACAACCAAACAGUGAAAUUCAAGGCUUUCGAUUGGAAAAAGGUGAGGCAAGCAAUAUGGUUUUCUCGACUGAGGCACCCCUUGUAAUUAAAGAGUCAUCAACUUCUGGUAGUUGUAGUUGUAGUCUGAAGAAAAUCAAAUCUACAGUAGCUGCGAAAGGCUCCGAGUUCUGCCAGAAGGAUAAAUCUGGGCACGACAAGAAGCUCAGCCGACAAUACAGGAUUGAGUUGGGCCAAUUAUUUCAAGGGGCCGUGAGUUCCCAUGAUUGGGAACUUGCUGAGAGUCUAAUCUUGUCGGCAGAUCCACAGACUCUAAAUGAUGCGUUGUGUGUCACCUUGGAUGCUAUCUGGUUUUUGAGCACCCAACAGGAGCUUUAUGGGAUUACUGAUUUGAUUAAGAAGAUCAUUGCCAAUGGUGCUUAUGACUUUACUAGAGCCGCUCUCCGGACUUCAUUUCUUGCUUCUUGUGUCUCUGCUUGCCAGAGUCGCACGAUGAGUCUUGCUGACACUGUAACUGUGAUGGCCCAGAGGUUGCACGAGCGCCUACAAGAAUGCCAUGGGGAUGAGGUCUUGAAGGCAGAAGCUGGUGCCAAGGUGCAAAAGUUCACCGAAUGGGCUUUGAAAUGUAUAGGUUCCCAUUCUCGCUGUCAGGGGAGCAACGAUAGAGUGAAUCAUUGCUCAGCUAUUGAAAUACAACUCCAGUUAACUGCGUUUAAGACUUUCCUAGAUCUUGCUGGCAACCAACUUACGGGAAAGGAUUUUACAGAAGCAUUUGAUGCAGCUUGCUUUCCUCUUACACUCUUCUCUAGCUCAUUUGAUGCUGGCUGGGCUUCUGGGAUCUCAGCUACGGUGAUCCAAGGUUUGUUGGAUAUGUUGGUGGAGGGGGGUGCAGACAAUGUCAACCAGUGUUUCCUUGAAGCCUCUCGAUUCGGCAGUACAGAACUUGUUCGCAUUUUAUUGCAGAUUGCCCAACGGAAUAGCUUGGAUGUUGAUGUUGAUCUUGCCUUGGGUUUUGCCUCGCAUUACUGCAAGAUUGGGACAAUGGAGUGUCUAGUGGAAGAGGGUAAUGCUAUGGCGUUUUUGGGCCCUUUAAUGAGAGCAGCUGAAAGAGGAUGCAUGCAGGUUGUCCGGUGGUUUGUUAAAAGAGGUUGUCGAGACAUGGAGCUCUGUCUGGCCCUCACUGCCGCUACUUCCAGCAGCCAAGUUGGUGUGGCUGCAUAUCUCCUCCCCCAUGUUCCUAAGCAUGUCCUAACGGCCCUCAGCAUCGAAAUUCUUAAGGCUGCGGGUGAACGAAGUGGGGGAUCUCUUGAUGGUGUUGCGUUUCUCCUCCACUCUGACUUCUUAGGUGAUGCUGCUGCUACUUAUGCUGUUGCAGACAGCAUUGCAAAGUCUGAUGAUGAGGCUGUUGCUCCUGAGCUGAGAGCAUUUGUUCAAGAACACUGGUCAGAGGCAGCUUUCUUGGAUGGAUUAAAGCAAGGGCAAGAACAUUACAUGAAGCUGAUGAGGAUUUUGAAGAGGGGGGAAUCUCCAAUUUGCUUAAGGGAUCUGCCAGCUCCUUUGAGGGUUGGAAUUGCAUACAUGCCACUGUACAGGGAAUGUGUUGAGGUGGGGGGUCGUCUGUUAUCGCAAAGGCUGAGGGGGCAGCUUGUUGAAGCUGUUCGAAUGCUUGGAGGUGGGUCAUUAGAAGAGGUAAGUCAAGGCAGAGAGCUUCUAGCUACUUUGGAACAUCACCUUCCUCCAUUUUUGGUUCGUGCUCCCAGUGUUGGUUAGACCUCUUGGAUUUUCGCAUGCCCUUGACCCUAUGUGCCAUACGUAAUAAUAUCAUUUUAGCAGUUGGUACGUCACAAAGCUUCUAAGUUUGUCAAAUUUCCUUCCAUCGUGUGAUUUGCAGCGCUUCUUCUAUGGCACGUAUAUCAUAAUAUAGUAGGUAUAGAUAUGUUGUUCAUCUAUAAUGCAAGACAGAGAGCAACUAUUUUCGCAAAAAGGGUUGAUAUACUAUGAUGGGAUUGUAUUAUUAUCGUUAUAUAUGUAAUCCUAAAGUACUGUAAUGUACUGAUAUCUCCACCUGCACAAGAGUUUUUGUGAACCAGAAAUAAAAACCUCUUUUCACCAGUACAA